GUCAAAGUAAAAUGUGUACGGCCAAUUUUUAAUCCUAAAGGAUUUAUUGUUGGAUCAGUUGAUGGGCGAGUUCUUCUGGAGUACAUCUGCAGAUCCAGCUCAGAUGAGGGAUACGCAUUUAGAUGUCAUCCAAAGAGUAAAGAUGGGAGACGUCAUCUUGUAACAGUUAAUGACAUUGCGUUUAACCCAUCCAUUAUUGGUUCAUUUGUCACUGGUGACAAUGACGGCUAUGUCACCUUGUGGGAUGCUCGGGGAAGGAAACGGAUGUUUGAGAUGCCAAGGUAUCCCAAGAGUGUCGUCUCUCUAUCAUAUAGCCAUGAUGGAUUGCUUUUGGCAGUUGCAUCCAGUUAUGCAUACCAAGAAGCUAAUGAAAUAGAAGAGCCACCUCAGAUAUUUAUACAUGAAAUGGGGAACUGUUAUCUCACGUCGCCUUCUUCUGGAGCUUCAAAGUACAAAUGACUGCAAAUACACGUCUCAGAUUCUGUUCAAUACAACUCUUAUACAGUAAAUUUUGCUGGUACCUGUGCACGAGUUGGCUUUUCCUGGCUCACGUUCCCCGGUGGCUAUUUUGACUCUUACCAAGAUUAGAAGGAAAGGGCUCAGCAGAAAAUUGGAUACCAGAAUUUAGAAUUUUUACUCUCUAAAGUCCUGUCCUGAUGUAUUAAUGUCUACUAACAAAGUGUUUGCUCCAAGUGGAAUAUAUUUUGGAGUUGUAUUUUUCAUCAACCGUGAAAGAAUGUGUUUCUUGAAAAACCA